AUGGAUCGGAGUUGGAUGUAUGAGAAACGCACUACACUCAAAUUUAUACAAGGGGUUCAAGAGUUUAUACAAUGUGCUGAAGAAAAUAGAAACAAAAAGGCGGAAGAUUUUAUAACGUGCCCAUGUUGUGAUUGUAAAAUUUUUAGAAGAUAUCGUAGUUCUGAGGAAGUGAAGAUCCAUUUGAUACGCCGUGGCUUUAAGGAAAGGUACGAGCAAUGGAUAUGGCAUGGUGAAAGCUUACCUCCUAGUACAAGUGUUAGUAAGAAUGAAGCUCAGGCAUAUAGUGAAACUCAUGCAGAGAAUGAAACUCAUGUUAGCAAUGAUAAGGGUGAUGAAAUUAAUGACCGAAUAGAUGAAAUGAUGUGUGAUAUGCAAGAAGAUUUUAGUGAAAUGCCUACUGAAUUUAAAUGUUUGUUUGACAAUGCUGAAAAACCUUUGUUCUCUGGGUGUACCAAAUUUACCAAAUUAUCAGGUGUGCUUAAAUUAUAUAAUUUAAAAGCAAAGAAUGGAUGGAGUGAUAAGAGUUUCACGGGAUUAUUAGAAAUACUAAAAGACAUGCUUCCUAGUGAAAAUGAAAUUCCAAUUUCAACCUACGAAGUAAAGAAGUUGUUGUGUCCGUUGGGUAUGGACAUUGAGAGGAUACAUGCAUGUCCAAAUGAUUGUAUAUUGUAUUGGAAAGAAUACAAAGACUUGCAUGUGUGUCCAAAGUGUAGCUCAUCACGUUAUAAAAUGAAAAAUGUUGGUGAUGUGUGUAAGGAUAAGAAAGGUCCAGCAGCGAAAGUUUUAUGGUAUUUACCUGUAAUACCAAGAUUUAAACGCAUGUUUGCUAAUCCAAGGGAUGCAAAAAAUUUACAAUGGCAUGCUAUUGGGAGGAAAGACGAUGGAAAACUAAGACAUCCAGCCGAUUCACCACAAUGGAGGAAUAUUGAUAGGAGGUGGCCUGAAUUCGGUAGUGAAAACAGGGAUCUUAAACUUGGAUUGUGUACUGAUGGAAUGAAUCCUCAUGGUAACAUGAGUAGUCAACACAGUACUUGGCCUGUCCUUUUAGUAGUCUACAAUCUUCCACCUUGGUUGUGUAUGAAGCGGAAAUACAUCAUGUUAUCAUUGUUAAUAUCAGGGCCUAAACAACCAGGAAAUGACAUAGAUGUAUAUCUAGCGCCACUUAUUGAAGAUUUAAAAAUGUUGUGGAAUGAAGGUGUGUCGGUGUAUGAUGCUUAUAGUCGAAGCAGUUUUACCUUACGUGCAAUGAUCUUUUGCACCAUAAAUGAUUUUCCAGCUUAUGGUAACCUAUCAGUUUAUACUACUAAAGGAGCUAAGGCAUGUCCUAUUUGUGAAGAUGGAACAUCCAAUUUAUGGUUGAGUAACAGGCAUUUCGAUCUGUUCCUGCACGAAGCACUAGAACGAUUCAUUGGAAAGAAUGCAGAGUAUGAAGUUAAAGUUAAAGUAUUUGAAGAUGCACCCUACUCCAUCAAUGAAAUAGAUGAAGUUCGUGAGUUGUGGGCACAUUACUUUAGUAAAGAGUGCGUUAGUGAUGGAAAGAUCGGUAGUCGAAAUGAUGGUUAUGCAAAGGUUGAAAUACCAAAUCAUAUGUUAUUGUCAUCAGAAGGGGAUCAUAUUGAAACAAUUGUGAGAAAUACAUUUCCUAUGUUUGUGAAUCAAAAUUCUAACCCGGAACAUCUUCAAGGUCGUGCUAUAUUAGCACCAACCCUAGAUGUGGUCAACUCAGUUAAUGAAUAUAUGAGUGCGUUGCAUACUGCUGAAAACAGGACAUAUUUUAGUUUUGACGCAGUAUGCAAAGCGGAUGCCAACAACGUAUAA